CUCCGUCUCGCCCAUGUUGUUACUUUUCACUCUUUUUUCCGGAAGCGGAAGCAUUGUACUUGAAGUUUUGGAAUAGUUUUGGCAGAUGAUUCAGUGCACUAGAUACUUUCUAACUAUCCGCGUGCGAUCAUCAUCACGUCCCGUUGAGAUGGUGAACCGUCCUCCACUGUAGUAUCCUGUCCAAGCUAAGGACAUGGAGUGCGAGUCCCCCCCUGCCAGAGUCAAGAGGAUGGCCUGGGCUCAGAGCCGAGGCUCCUGGCAGGCUUCUGAGUCUCAGGACCAGGGCGCAGAGGAGCCGCUGUCUGAACAGCCUAUGGAGGAUAAGACUUCGACAGCCUCAGAAACAGGUCGUAAACCAAAUCAAGUAGAGAACUGGCUCAGGACCUGCAGGACUCCUCUCGGGGCCUCUUUGGAUGAACAAAGUGGCACUCCGUCCAGAGGACCAUUGAAGAAUGGCUGUAGCUUUGAAGAUGACCUGUCCCUGGGAGCUGAGGCCAAUCACCUCCAGAAGAGCAGCACAAAAAUGGUGGCCAAUGGCUAUGAAAUCGCAGCCGAGGCAAAAAGGAGCCAGUUCAAGCAGAAGGGCAGAAGUAUGAACUCCACAGGCUCUGGAAAGAGCAGCACCACUGUGUCCAGCGUGUCAGAACUUCUGGACCUGUAUGAGGAGGAUCCAGAGCAGAUCUUGUACAACCUCGGCUUUGGGCGUGAGGAGCCUGACAUCGCCUCAAAAAUCCCUUCUCGUUUCUUCAACUCCUCUUCUGGCGCCAAGGGCAUUGAUAUCAAAGUUUACCUGGGAGCCCAGAUUCAGCGCAUGGAGCUGGAGAACCCAAACUAUGCCCUGACAAGUCGGUUCCGUCAAACAGAAGUUCUGGCCACGGUGGCAAACGUCUUCUCUGAGAUCUACUCCCAAGUGUCUGGAAGACCCAUGGAGAAAAUCGGCAGUUGCGACAUGGAGACUAAACCCCCCACUCCAUUAAAAAGGAAUAAUUCCGCUCUAAAUGUAGCCAAGAUCCUAAAACGGAACAUUACGAAACAGAACCUGUUGGCCUCUGCCAUGGAAGGAGCAGCCAAACAGCUUUCAGCGCCUGACUCUGACAACACAGAAGGUGCAAUCUCUGACGCACGGGCCGGACUCAUGGAUACCGAGCACAAACCACAGCAGAAAGGCUUUAGGAAAAAAGAUUCAUCUCUGGCCACAGUGACUGAAGAGGCCCAGCAAAGUAUCUCAGAGGCUUCAGUCAAUGGAGACCUCCCAGAACCUUUGCUCAAGGACUCUACGUUAAUGAAUGGUGACCACUCCACUGAGACACCAGCUCUGGAUAAACACAUGCCACAUUCCCCCGUCCAGGUGAACAUCAGUCGGGUGUCCGACGAGAGUGACUUCAAGAAACCUGAGAGCCAGGAGACCAUCACUUCCACCCCAGAUAAAGAAGCGUCCAACCUGUUGCCCAACCCACACAUAGCCCACCUGCUCAGCCAGCCCAGAGACUCGUUUGAAAUGGAGGAGUUGCAGAGUAAUGAGGAUGAAGCUCUUCCUGGUCCUGGUGGCAUGUCUCGAGCUGGCAGCGAGAGGUUAUUGAGGACUGCCAGCCAGCAGUCUGACAGCAGCGGGUUUGCUGAGGACCCAUCCACAGACGGUUCGGGUAAUCACCUGAAGGUACAGGAAAGCUCAGAUAGCUGUGACAGCGAAAACACAGUGACAUCACAUGCAGGAGAAGUCAGAACAAACAUAUCAUUGGAGUACCCCAACUUUGAGAGGUUACAGUGUGAGGAAGCCCAUCCUCAGUCCAACAAAGGGACAUUUAGCCAGAGUAGAGCCAACCGAGAAGUCCCUGAGAUCACCAGCCUCCAGAUUCCCAGUUCAGACUCUGACAAUUUUAGCACCAAUGGACCACCCCUUUCUCCUGACUCUGAUAGGGCUUCCAUAGUUGAAUGCAAUUUCACCACAGCACAAAAACCCACCGGAGACUCUCCAGAAGUGGAUUUGAGUACGAUGGUAGAUCCUGCAACAGAUUCCAUCUUGGAUGUAGCUCAUGAAGGCAACCUAUCCCAGCCUGAUUUAGGCAUAGAUCUCGACUCUGAGGAUUUACAUCCAUCCUCCGGACCAGAGUCUUCAGAUCUUCCAGAGUCUUCGGAUCUUAAGCAAUGCCACCCUACAACUCAAAGAAGACAAAUGGCCCUCCAAACAGCCCAUCAAAGGUCAUCCUCUGUGGACGAGGAACGUCCCGGCCGAGUAUGGGUGAGGGACAGGAACUUGCUGAGGGAAAGCUUGGAGAGGAAUCCUUUAAGGAGAUCUAGCUCCCUCCCAACACCUCCGCUCAGCCCAGCUCGAGUGGUCACCUCCAUGCGAAUCCAACUCGGAAAGGGUUCGGUCAAGCAUUGUACCCCACCCUCAUACUCGUACCGCUACGAUGGAGAGAAUCGCAGUGACCGAGAAGAAGGGGAUUCCAUUAUGGAAGAAGAUGAAGUGGAUCAUGAUGGUGGCCAAUCAGUUCUCUUAAAUUCUGCUCCAGCAGGUGGUUUAAAGACAGGCAGGGAAACACCACCACACCUUCUCAAUGUACCCCAGCAUCUGACUCGCUCUUCCAGCUCGCUUUAUAGUGUCCCUGCAGACUGGCUUCAGAAGCCCUUGGGAGAAGGUCCAAACUGGAGCACAAGUAGCGUCCCAAACCUUAGUCAAUUUACAGGUCCGGGCCACCCUCCUCCUCUUCCUCCUCAUGGGGCCUUCUACUCUCCACAUCAAGGAGUGGCCUCCAACUCCUCAUACCCUACCAGACUUCCCCACCACAAUCCCUUCCCACAACCACAGAGCUCACCUCAUCCUCAACCUCUUCAGAGCAAUACAUUUACUCCACCACAGGGGGCGCCAUUUACACCCCAGCACAGUAUGCAUUAUGCUCAUCCUCACAGUGUGCCUUACAGCCCGUUCUACUCACCUUAUCACGUUCCUCAGGGAGCUCCCUACGGCCCCUCGUUGAACAUGCAGGGCAACCUGUAUCAACCUCACGUCCCUCUCGCGCAAUCCCACAGCGCCCCCUACAGUCUGGGCUUCAAUUGUUAUACUCAUCACUCUGGCGCCGCCUACAGUCAUCCAUAUUAUCCAUCUCCCCCCUUCCCUUACUCAUUUGAGACACCACCUGCCCCAGCACUUGCAAUGGGCAGCACAGAGAUGCAGCUCAGGAGGGUCCUGCAUGACAUUCGUGGGACAAUGCAGAAUCUUGGUCAGAGCUCAUCUGUGCACGGAGGACACACACCCACUGACAGGAUCAGUACACCACGCUCUGUCCAACUGCUUUAUGAGGAGCUCCAGAUGCGGCGCAGGAGUCUGAAUGUCUUCCGGACUCAGAUGAUGGAUCUGGAGCUGGCUCUCAUGAGACAGCAGUCAAUGGUCUUCCAGCAUCUUAGUCCAGACGAGAGGCGGGAUGCAGAACAACUUCAGUCACUGCGGACUGCAGUCAGGCAGGAGCUGCAGGACUUGGAGCUGCAGUUGGAAGAUCGUCUGCUGUCCCUGAAUGAACAGAUGCGCAGCAGCUCGCAGCACAGCAACCUCUACCGACAACACAUGGGCAUGCACAGAGGUCCCAGCAUGGACAGCCUGUCUAAUUCUUCAGCACUGCGGGCCAUGGAGCCGGUGUCGGACCUCCUGAAGGAGCAAUUGUACCUUCAGUCUGAAUUGGGAUAUGAUGAUGUCACACCCAGUUCUGGCCGCUCAUCGAGGGCGUCCAGCCCUGGAAGACUCAACCAGACGCUCGAGUCUUGCUUUUCUUCCCCGCAGAGAGGCAGCGUUUAUCGGGCCACCCUUAAUCUCACCCCCACCGUCCCUCCACGGCCUGGAAUGGAGGUUGCUCGGCCCGUUUCUCCAGAGAGGAUGGAGGAGAGCGUGACACCUACUUCCUUGGAGUUGAACAGAGAUGAGGACGAGAUGUCACUGGAUGGUCGCAGGAGCAGGACGACAGAUGUGUGCACUCCCACUGAAUGGAGGAGUAGAGGUGGAGGGAAUGGUGACCUGCAACAUCUCAUACAGGAGAUUAAAGAAAGUAUUGCACAUGAAAUCAGGCAGGAGAUUGUGAACGAGCUUCUGGCUGCUGUGUCACCACAUAGAUCUCCUCUCCCAGCCAGGAAGCCCCCUGUGUAAGAAUCAUAACGGAGAAUGGAGGUGAAGAAGUAAAUCCUGUGAAAUAGUCACAAUGAACACUGGUUAAAGCUCUGCACUGAGAACGGCCCAGCACCUCUCUCUGCUUCGGUCUGUAAAGCCCUUCCAGACUCGAUUGCUUCUGGACUUUAAAGCUGCAGAGAAUCUGCUCGUGCGUUUGAGUCCAGAUUCCACGUUUGCAGUGGUUGAGAUCUUCCACUGUCCGAAUCCACAAAGGGCAUACAGCUUAUUGUGAUAUCCGUCUGGUACAUAUUACUGCAAUGUAAUGAAUCUAUUGGGAUGUAUUCAAGUAUGUGAUGCAGGUCUUAUUGGAUGUUUGCAGCAGUUGAAAAGAUUUGUGGGAGACUAAGGUUUUCUGUGCAAGUGUGUCUUUGUCUAGGACAAAAAUGUCUACUGUAAUCAGACUUGUUUUCUAAUUCAGCCUCUGUGAGGAACUAAACUAACUGUGCAAUACAUUUCACUUUUUUCUCUUAAACUUGAACUAAACAGUCACAACUACUGUUCUGCUCAAAUGCACACCGCUGUCUUCAUUUCCUGUUGAUGGUCACAUACUGUAUGUAUAGACACUUAAGUCUUCAAAGCACAUUCAUAAACAUACUGUCCUGUGAGAAGAAAAAGCACUAAAUACUAUAUAUAUAUAUAUAUAUAUAUACAUUAGCACGCCCAUAAAAUAUAUUUUUAUUCUUACAAACAACAGUGGAUAGUCUGUCAGAUCUUCUGAUGAGGAUUUAAAGUGUUCGACUUAAUUUUCCUCAGUGUGAAUAAGUUUUUUUUUUUUCUAAGCUGUAAUGAACUGUAAUACUAAUUGAUUUAUGUGAAAAGGGGACAUGUUUCCUUUCCGCUUGGGAUGCAUGAGGGAUAAUCGUUAAUGCAAAUAAUAAAGAUUUAUUUAUUUUAUAAUUAAUUUUGUUUGAGUUCCUGGGGAUGGUCGAUGGUGUUUGUAUUCUGUACAUAUCAUUGAAACAGAUUUGGAGAAAUUCGUUGUUAAAUCACUUACUCACUAAUGGAUUCUCUGCAGUGAAUGGGUGCCAUCAGAAGGAGAGUCCAAACAGCUAAUAGAAACAUCACAAUAAUCCACAAGCAUUCCACACUGCUCCAGUCCCUCAAUUAACAACUUUAACUUUUGCUUCUGGCCAAAGUCCAUAAUCCAUAAUAAAGCUUCCUCCAGAAGAAACAUCCUGCCCAUGUUUUCCUCUCACAUAAAAAAAAGCCACUGAUUUAUUUGUUUAGAAAGUUUUGGAAUUAUUUUGCUUGUCGGUGGUGCUUAAUAUGUGCAUAUUUCUCUCCUGAUUCACGUGACAUACAAAUUUCACUGGAGAACGCAAUAUUAUGGAUAGAGGACUAUUUUUUUUUUUUCAAAAACCGCUUUUCACUUCACAAGACGUUAAUUGAUGAACUGGAGUUGCGUAGAUCACUCAUGGAUUAUUUGUGAUGUUUUUAUACGCUUUUUUAACUUUCAUUCUGAUGGCACCCAUUCACUGUAGAGGAUCCAUUGGUGAGCAAGUGAUGUAAUGCUAUUAUUCUCCAAAUCUGUUUUGAUAAUGAAACAAACUCCUCUAUAUCUUUGAUGGCCUGAGGGUGAGUACAUUUUCAGCACAUUAUAUGUUUUGGGUAACUAUUACUUCUGCAGCAACUAUUUCUUUAAAUGCUCAGUAAUUUUGUCCAUGUAAAAUUACACCCAAUUUUUUACUAUAAAACCUGUUUAACUUAUUUAACGAUAUGUGAAAAGAUACCGGAAAGGGAAUGUUUACCUCUCUACCCUGCAAAUUCCCUGUAGUCUGGAUGAUUUUUAUACACUUUUACAGCUGUAAUAACACUCAAGUUUGAACAGAAGUGUUAUAUAUAAGCACUUAAGUAAAAAUAUGAGUUGCACAUACCUUUGGUAUGCCGCAUUCCAUAAAUGUCUGAAGGGUGGAUUUACAAUGCCUACUUUUUAUUAUUAUUAUGCUUUCUUUUUGGUUUAUUGAGUUUGAAAUUACAUUUACAAAUGAUUGUUAUUAUUGUGUCAACAACAGUUCAUUAGUCUUCUUAAUCGAGUGCAUUUAUUCACUGCAUGUUUUUUUUUUUUUUUUUCUUUUAUGAGUUUUACGUGCUGUGUGUGUAUUUAAGAUCUGAGAGGUGCCUGAAAAUCUUGUCCAGUCCGGGAAUUCAUAUAUGGUGUUUGAUCAGCUAACUCAGCUUCCAGAAAGUAAACAUACUUGUGUUGAACUACAUUUGUUGAUACAUAAAUAUUUGUUCUUAUGUUUCUUAUGUCUUAAAUUCUUAUUAAUUGUGUUCUUAUCUGAUCUUGGGUACAUUUGUUUGAUGCUGAUCCAGGAAAAUAUGAACCAUGAUAUGAUUUGGCAAUAAAACAUUCCAUAAAGUG